AUGGACGCUCCCGACUGCUUUUGUCGUGAUAAGAUAGUGGCAUUACACAAAAAAUAUCUUGAAAAAGCUUUCGCUUCAGUUACAAAAGAUGCAACGACCGUAAGAACUGAAAGCGAAGAUCAGUUCCUUACAGAUAUCCCGCACAUAACCUCUCCUCAUAUAUCUUUUGGCAGGCAUCAAUUGAAAAAUAUCAGCGAGGAUGAGAAAUGUUUAUUAGAUCAUUUUGGAGCGCUCAAUUCUCUUGAGUGUGCUGGUGAUAAGCUUUUUCACUGA